AUGGCGCCGGGGGCGGCGCGGGCGCUUGGGCCGUCUCGGCGGUUUGGCCAGGAGGAGGGGCUUUUCCGAGGCCCCACCCCCGCCCCCGCCGGCAUGCGGCCUGGCGGGAUUGCGCUCUGGCUGCGCCUGACCUUGGCCUUGGGCCUGGCACUCAUUGACCCCAUGGCUGUGGGUUGGGCCUCACCCCGGGCUCCCAUCUAUGUCAGCAGCUGGGCCGUGCGGGUGUCCCAGGGUUACCAGGAAAUCGAGCGCCUGGCGCGCAAAUUCGGCUUCGUCAACCUGGGGCCGAUCUUCCCUGAUGGGCAGUAUUUCCAUCUGCGGCACCGGGGUGUGGUCCAGCAGUCCCUGACCCCACACUGGGGCCACCACCUGCGCCUGAAGAAAGACCCCAAGGUGCAGUGGUUCCAGCAGCAGACGGUGCAGCGGCGGGUGAAACGCUCCUUGGUGGUGCCCACGGACCCCUGGUUCUCCAAGCAGUGGUACAUGAACAAGGAGGUGCAGCCGGACCUGAACAUCCUGCAGGUCUGGAGCCAGGGGCUUUCUGGCCAGGGCAUCGUGGUUUCUGUCCUGGACGACGGCAUCGAGAAGGACCACCCAGACCUUUGGGCCAACUAUGACCCCCUAGCCAGCUACGACUUCAAUGACUAUGACCCGGACCCCCAGCCGCGAUACACACCCAGCGAUGAGAACCGGCAUGGGACCCGCUGUGCUGGGGAAGUGGCAGCGACGGCAAACAACAGGUUCUGUGGUGCUGGCGUCGCCUACAAUGCCCGAAUCGGAGGGGUGCGCAUGCUGGAUGGCACCAUCACUGACGUGAUCGAGGCCCAGUCGCUGAGCCUGCAGCCGCAGCACAUCCACAUCUACAGCGCCAGCUGGGGCCCCGAGGACGAUGGCCGCACAGUGGACGGCCCGGGCAUCCUCACCCGAGAGGCCUUCAGGAGCGGCGUGACCAAGGGCCGAGGUGGGCUGGGCACCCUUUUCAUCUGGGCGUCGGGCAACGGUGGCCUACACUAUGACAACUGCAACUGUGAUGGCUACACCAACAGCAUCCACACGCUCUCGGUGGGCAGCACCACCCAGCAGGGCCGCGUGCCCUGGUACAGCGAGGCCUGCGCCUCCACACUCACCACUACCUACAGCAGCGGGGUUGCUGCCAACCCCCAAAUCGUCACAACAGACCUGCACCACCGGUGCACGGACAAGCACACGGGCACCUCGGCCUCCGCCCCACUGGCUGCGGGCAUGAUCGCCCUGGCUCUGGAGGCCAACCCAUCCUUGACGUGGAGGGACGUGCAGCAUCUGGUGGUCCGGGCUUCCAGGCCAGCGCAGCUCCAGGCCGAGGACUGGAGGACCAACGGCGUGGGGCGCCAAGUGAGCCACCACUACGGCUACGGGCUGCUGGACGCCGGGCUGCUGGUGGACUUGGCUCGCUCGUGGCUGCCCACACAGCCCCAGAAGAAAUGCAUCAUCCGCGUUGUGCACACCCCCACCCCCAUCCUGCGGGUGAUACACGUGAGGAAGAACGUGUCGGCCUGCGUAGGCCACACCAACUACAUCCGCUCGCUGGAGCACGUGCAGGUGCAGCUGUCCCUGUCCUACAGCCGCCGUGGGGACUUGGAGAUCUCGCUCACCAGCCCCAUGGGCACCCGCUCCACACUUGUGGCCAUCAGACCCUUUGACGUCAGUGGCCAAGGCUACAACAACUGGAUCUUCAUGUCCACCCACUUCUGGGACGAGGACCCGCGCGGCUUGUGGACCCUGGUCCUGGAGAACAAGGGCUACUAUUUCAACACAGGGACGCUGUACCGCUACGCGCUGCUGCUCUAUGGGACGGCCGAGGACAUGACGGCGCGGCCCUCGGGCCCCCAGGUGACCAGCAGCGCGUGUGUGCAGCGGGACACAGAGGGGCCGUGCCAGGGUGAGUGCCCGGUGCCGCAUGGCCCACCUGCUGGAGGGCGGCAGGCGGGCAGUGUGCGUGUGCGGCCUGGGGCAGGGGACGGGCAGGCCGGGGCAGCAGCUGCCACCCGUCCUGUUAACACCUGCCGCGGCAGCUCCCCGCUGGACUGUACCGCUUGCCCCCCGCCGUCCAUGCUGGACGCGCAGCGGGGCUCCUGCUCGGGACCCGACCCCCCUGAGGGCCACCCCCAGCCCACUGCGACCGCCUGCCCCUGCCGCCACGGCCCGGCCCAGGCCAUGGUGCUGACCCUGUCGGCCGUGGCCUUCGGGAGCCCCCUCCUCUGCCGCGUCCUCCUUCUACCCAAGAGGGGAGGGGCCAAGAUCACCGUCCAGCGCUACGCCCCCACCCCGGCCCGGCGCGGGGAGGAUGAUAUCGCGUCCUUAUUAGUUCUGGUCCAGUCAACUUCGCUGCUCAGAUGGUACCCGGACCCUAGCGGGCCCGGCCCCUUUAAGAGGGGCGUGGCUUCGCGGCAGGCGGGAGCCGGAGGAGGCCGGAAGUGCGCGUCACGGGCCUGUAGGGUGGGUCCGCGCGCCAACCGGAAGCGGAAGUGGCCACGGGCCGCGGUUGCGGGCUGA